AUGGACCCAAAUUGUGUGACUGGAGCCCUGCUCAAGCCCAUGGAGGAGCCUGCUGACCCCAUCAGACUCUGGCCGCUAGAGAGCUGGGCCUGGUUAGGACGGCACACGCUCUCAUCCUCUAAAGUGGACUCCACCCUCAGAGGCCACCCAGCUGCCCUCCCGCCAGUGCGAGCGCAGGGCCUGUUUGAGGACAGUGGUCACCAUGGAGAUGGCACAUCCUGGCAGCGCACCCUGAGCGGCAGUGAAGAGAGGGUUAACCCUGUGUGUGCCGGGCUCCUGUUCCUGACCACUGUCCUGGCCUGGCCUUGCUCCUUCUUCUCCGCCUUCCUGAACCUCCUGGUCAGCGCCUUCGUGGUCUUCCUGGUCUUCAUUGCCAGCACCAUCGUGAGUGUGGGCUUCACCAUGUGGUGCGACACCAUCACCGAGAAGGGCACCGUAGCCCACAGCUGUGAAGAGCUUCAGGACAUCGACUUGGAGCUGGGUGUGGACAACUCUGCCUUCUACGAUCAGUUUGCAAUUGCCCAGUUUGGCCUCUGGGCCUCAUGGCUGGCCUGGCUGGCCAUCACCACGCUGGCCUUCCUGAAGGUGUACCACAACUACCGUCAGGAGGACCUGCUGGACAGCCUGAUCCACGAGAAGGAGCUGCUGCUGGCCCGGCCGUCCCCACGCACCUCCUUCCAAGAGGAGAAGAGCGCCGUCAUUUAGGCACCGCGCGGGCAGGGGAGCUGGCCCCUGACCUCCCGGCUGCGCUUGGGGGCACGGGCCUGCCUGGGGAAGCAGCUGGGGGGCUCUGCCUGGGCCCUGGCCACAUGCAGCCCUGCGUGUGUCCCCUCGAGCGUAGUGAGCCCUGACCCACUGAACAGGGGACUCUUUCCAGCCCGGAGAGCUCCUUGUCUGUGUCCCCAGCAGAAGGUGGGGUGGCUCCUGCCUCACCCUCUGCCCAGCCCUGAUCCAGGCCAGAGCCAUCUAGGGCCCCAGAAGGAGGGGCAGGAGGCAGGGGUGGUUCUGGAACCUGAGGGUUGGCUCCGGUUGGGUCUGUCCUCGGGGCUGCACUGCUGGAUCCCAGGAGCUGGAACAGCCCCACAGCCAGGGUGACAGAAAUCCUUGGCUGCAUGCAGACACAGACCCACCCCGGACUGGGCUGUCCCCGGAGCCCAGACACAUCACCCUGGGAAGGGGCAGCUGGGCCUGAAUUGUGCUGGGCAGGGGCUGGGCGCCCUGGUUGUGGGUUCUCCAGGGUCCCUUAGAGGGCUGGGCCUCUCCCCAGGAAGGAAGGUGGGAAGUACAGGCAUGACCCGGGGUUCCUGAGGCGGGUCCGCCAAGUUGCUUCUGAGAUGCCUUUGCUUCUCUCCUGGCUGUCUGAUAAUGGAUAUCUCUGUUCUAAUUCCACUCUGGCUAAACUGAAAGUGAAGACCCUUAAGCUUACUAUGUGUCUACCCCUCAGAGUCAGAAUAAAAACAAAAGCGCCUGAGUCUCCAGCAGG